UUUCAGAUGGGCAAAAGGGAGCAAACCCAAAAUUUUUUAUAUUUUAUGUUUUUUAGAGUUAUGCUGUUCUUGCCUGCUUCAGAGACCUUAACAAAACAAAUGGAAAUAACUGGAAUGGCUGAGGCUAUAGUUAACUUUAGUGCCAAUAUACUCUUUAAUCAGCCAAAGGAUACUGAAAUUAAAGAUGGAAAACAACAAACAAAGCCGUUAUGUAUAAAUGGUGAUGAUGAGUCUGUUGAUUUUAGAUAUAUCAGUUCAUCGACAUCAAAAGAAGUUGUUCUGGUUGUUGAGAAUGGAGCCUUCUUUAUUGGUGUUUCUUUGAACAGGAAACUUUGCAAACAAUUUGAUUAUUGUGUCCAUUUACCAACCAUUCGAGCAUUGUUAGAACGUGCCUACAACGCCUACAAACUCUUUUAUGGCUCCUUUAGUGUUGUAUUUAAUUCUGAUUUGGUACAUUUUAAAAACGUUUUGGAUACGUUUUUUGCUCCAUAUUUACAAUUACUUAGAGUUUGCAAGACUCCUUUGGUUGAUUUGUUUAGUGGAGUCGACUUUCUCCCACUGGGAAGCCUCAAUUUUCUUGAAGUUCAUUGUCUGGUGAGAUUUAUUUUUUAUUAUUUUAUGAAGAUCCGACUUAAACUUUGGCGUUUGCACCGUCCUCGCCUCCCAAUUAAAUUUUACGGCUUAUUGGUGUAG